UGGUGCUGGUUCCCUGCGGACCUGGUACCGCCUUUGUGGAGCAGCUGCUGAGGAGACUCCAGCGCUCGCCAUGGCGGAUGAAAAGGGAGUCAAGACUGAGAACAACGAUUGUAUUAAUUUGAAGGUGGUGGGACAGGAUGGUUCUGUGGUGCAGUUUAAGAUUAAGAGGCAUACACCUCUCAGUAAACUAAUGAAGGCCUAUUGUGAAAGACAGGGUUUGUCAAUGAGGCAGAUCAGAUUCCCAUUUGUCAGGCAGCCAAUCAGUGAGAUAGACACACCUGCACAGUUGGAGGAGGAAGAUGAAGAUACAAUUGAUGUAUUCCAGCAGCAGACAGGAGGUGUCUUCUAAAAAGGGAACCUGCUACUUUACUCCAGAACUCUGUUCCUCCAGACCAAGAAGACAUUCUCAAAUAGAAAACUACAAUUUGGUUCCACCACAUACUGACUACUACAGUAUAGUUUCUCUAUUCUUUCAUUUUCCCCUUCCCCAUUCCUUUAUUGUACAUAAAGGGAUGGGGAA